UUACCCUUAGUUUAGUUUAGGUGUAGGCAUUACUGAGCACACUGAAAUCGGAUAACACUAAAUUGGAUGGUGCGCAAAUGGCACAUGUUUUAGCUCUACGGUGUCAGUUGUAACCCGAGAUAGAGGGAAUAUAUGUCAAAAAGUAUGCUUUUCUCAGAGGACACUACCGCAAGGCUUUGCAUGGUGUCCAAGCCACUCACUAGCAUUUGAGUUUUAUUUUUUUUAUUUAUUUUACGCGUGCAGUUUUUUUAAAUUUAAUUUCCCUGAAGUUCUUUGCGAAUUUUAUUGCAGCGGAGAGAGCGAUAAAGGGGUUAAAGAGAGUAAAGCGGGGAAAGUGAAUCAGUAUGGAAGAAAAUGAUCACGGCAACAGAGACGUGGUGGAGCGGCAGGAGUCGGCGGAUGAAUCAAACAGAGCCAUCCUUCCCCUGUUACAGGCGCCGGGGAACCUGCAGAUCCCUCACCGGGUCACCAAUUUCUUCAUCGACAACAUCCUGCGGCCGGAUUUCGGGAAGAGAAAAGACGGGGGCGCAAACCGCGAAGAGAGUAGCCUGGCAUCGCGGGAGAGCCACAACAGCCCCGCCGCCCCUCAGACCGAGCCGGUGGGGAGCACGGUGCCGGCGGAGGGGACCUCCACUCCACACACGGUUACCGCGGGUAAGAAGCCCACUAUAGCCGCCGAGGAGCCCCUGAAACCCCGCGGGGAGAACGGAGACCAGUGCCUAAGCUCAGACUCAGACAGUUCCCAAGCCAGCUCAAACCCAGCCACGUCUCAGCCCAUGCUGUGGCCAGCCUGGGUCUACUGCACCAGAUACUCGGACAGGCCUUCUUCAGGGCCAAGAUCUCGCAAACCAAAGAAGAAAACGACCAGCAAAGAGGACAAGCGACCACGGACGGCCUUCACAGCAGAACAGCUGCAAAGACUAAAAUCGGAGUUUCAGACAAACCGGUAUCUGACCGAGCAGAGGCGGCAGAACCUGGCGCAGGAACUGGGCCUGAACGAGUCCCAGAUCAAGAUCUGGUUUCAGAACAAGAGGGCCAAAAUCAAGAAGGCCAGCGGCACUAAAAACAGUCUGGCCUUGCACCUGAUGGCACAGGGACUGUACAAUCACGCCACCGUCACGUCGAAAGACGAAAAAUCAGACAGCGAUUGAUUUUCAGAGAAGUAACAGCAGCCUCCUUGACGAAAAAGAACCUAUAGUAAUCCUAUAUUAGUUUGUUUUAUAGAGAUAUCACAGCGAAACUCUGCCUACAGGAAUAUUUCAUCACACAGCAGCAGAUACAAAUACCACUGAGUACUAAAUGCUGACCCAGUAGACAUACAAUGGGUUCAGGGCAGCAUGAGAAAUAAUUACAAAAAUACUCCAGAUGAACAGUAAGGUCAGUGGACACCCGAGAGUCCACACAGGAAUACUGAAUGAUCUCUAUAGGUUCCUAUAGGAGUAUUAUAGGGAUUUUUCGUUAUAUGGGAGGUGUAAUCAAGCCUACAAUGCAAUAAUUUCAUCGAAUAAAGGGCCAGUGUAUAGAGUAUACCAGCAUAAAUUGUUUAAAAAAUAACAGAGAGAGAUAUUUCUGCAAUAUCACGUCUAUAAAAGAUGUUGUAUAAAGGUAUGUUUUCAUUGUUUGUCGUUCCCCCUCACCCCGCCCCCCCCCCACAGGAGGUACAAAUGCUUACACCCUUCAUUUUUCUAUAGGCCUACUGCUAUCCAUGAUUGUCAUCAUUUUACAUUUAACUGGCACUUGACGUUUCGAUCUUGUCAGUGAAGUGAACAAACUUAAAGUCCAAAGAAUAUUUUUCUGCUGCAUCCAGGCUACUGUGAAUUUAAAUAAAUGCUAACACGAUUUUAU